GUUGAUAAAACAUGUGUAUUUUUGUGUAAGCAGAAAUCACAACAUGACAUGAGUUUCGCGCAUUUACACUUGGAUCAUGUGACGACACUUCAGCAGCAUCUCAGGCCAGACAUAAUGACUUGAAUGCGGAUAAUCGUUGGAGAGACAUUAUGGCCAAGGUUAUCUUUAAGACUACAGUGGAUCUAUCACAGCGGAUAAGACUUGGCGUCUUACUCACAAGACUCGGCCAAAGGACUGCUCCAAACAUCCACAGAUCCAUCACGACAACAACACUGAGUUUUCAAACCUCAUUAACAAACCUUUCCCCUAAGAAUGGAUUGCAUCUUGACAGGACGGAAUUGAUGGGAAAGGGGGUCUUCUACCUCCAAAGAAGACAUCUAUCAUCUGGGAGUAACGAUGAGGAUGAGAGCAACAGUCCUGAUCAGCAUUCCAUUCCACAACCAGCCAAGGAGCGAUUCCAGACUGUCAAGAUAUUACUGGAUGAAGCCAGUCUACAGAACAAAAGAAGGGAUCCAUUUGACUUUUCUGAUGUUCCACAACGCACCAAUUUAGUAACAGAGAACCACAAGACGUCAAGUGGUCGCAAAUCAAAACAAGAUCCUCGAGAGAUGUCAACUUUUCUUUUCCCUGGUCAAGGGAGUCAGUUUGUAGGUAUGGGUCGUGAUCUUCUAAAGUAUUCGAACGUAAAGGACAUGUUUAGCAUCGCAUCGGACAUCCUUGGGUACGAUCUGCUGGACUUAUGUCUGAAUGGAACACGAGAGGAAUUGAAUCGAACAAUACAUUCCCAGCCAGCCGUUGUCGUGUGUUCUCUCGCCGCUGUGGAAAAACUAAAAGAAGAACAGCCCAAGCUGGUGGAGAAUUGUGUGUCGGCAGCUGGUUUCAGUGUGGGGGAAUUCUCCGCUUUGGUCUUCUCUGGUGCCCUCGACUUUGAAGAUGCUAUUCAACUGAUCAAAAUCCGUGCUGAGGCGAUGCAGCAAGCAUCAGAUGUGGUUCCUAGUGGUAUGCUGCACGUGAUUGGUCGUGCGUCAACUAGAUUUAAGAUGAUGUGUCGAGAAGCAGCUGAUUCCUGUUUAAUCAAUGGCCAGACUAAUGCUAUGUGUAUGAUAGCAAGCCAUGUAUACCCAGAGGCUAAGGUUGUGGCAGGGAAUGAAGAGGCACUGAACUACAUCCAAGAGAUGUCUCAUCACUAUUCCCUUCGGUCUGCUAAGCGUGUCGCAGUCAGCGGUGCAUUUCAUUCUCCGCUCAUGGCACCAGCUCAGGAAAUCUUCUCCUCUGCCAUUGAAAAGGUCGCCUUCGAAACCCCAGUCAUCUCUGUCCACUCCAAUGUCAACGGCAAGAAGUACCGCCACUCUAAGCAUAUCCGCUCCCUUCUGAAACGGCAUAUUCUAGAACCAGUUCACUGGGAGCAGACGAUGCACGAGGUUUACCAGCGUAAUAAGGGAGACCAUUUCCCUAAAACUCUUGAGGUCGGACCAGGAAAACAACUCGGUGCAUUUCUACGCAGGAAUAAUGCCAAAGCAUACCACUCCUAUGAAAAAGUUGAAGUUUGAAAGGUUCACAAUAGACCUUAUGCAUUGAUGUCAUCCAGCCGCCAUCUUUAGAGGUAAAACGGUGAAGAAACAAUCGAA